GGAGAGCAUGGGUGGUAAUGCGGAGAGGGCCGUGCCUGUACACCACCAGUGAAGACAGCUAUUAAAGUUAUUUUGAAAGUGACCCCCUCAGACUCGAGCUGAGCAGCGCCGCUGACCGCACACAGCUGUUCGGAAUCAUGACAGAAGAUGACGGAUACCGUUGUCGUGGAGGGACAAGUUAAACUUCGAGAUGGGAAAAAGUGGAGGAACAGAUGGGUGGUUCUAAGGAAGCCUUCCCCGGUUGCAGACUGUCUGUCUCUGCUGGUGUACAAAGACAAGGCUGAGAGGCACAAGGGCCACCGUGAACGCAGUUGCGUGACUCUGGGGGACAUCUGUGGCCUGGAGCCCGGCCUGAGCCACGAGGGAGUGGGCUACACGCUAGCCAUCGUCAGCCUCACGCAGUCUGUGCUGCUGGGCUUCGACAGAAGGGAGAACCUGCUAGCCUGGGACCUUCGCAUCCGCUACAGCCUGGGCGAAGCCCACAGAUUUAAUGGCCAUGUCCUCCCAGGGACAAAACUAGAGAGUGGACCAGCCACCCUUCAUUUGUGUAACAACCUGCUCGUCAUCACCAGGGACUUCCCACCUGUUGUUUCUGGCCAAUGGAAACUCUCUGAUCUGCGACGCUAUGGAGCAGUGCCCAAUGGGUUCGUGUUUGAGGGCGGGACACGCUGCGGCUGCUGGGCUGGAGUGUUCUUUCUUGCCUGUGCAGAGGGGGAGCAAAUUAGUUUUCUCUUCGACUGCAUCGUUCGAGGCAUCUCUCCCAGCAGGAGUCCUUUUGGACUGCGGCCUGUCCUGCCAGACACGGGCAGUACACAGAGCUCCUCGGAGGAGCGCAUCCAGCAGGAGGCCAGUGAGCUGGAGAGACGCCUCAGCAGACUCUCCACCUGCAGCCGCCAGAGCAGCACGGUGUCCACCUGCAGCUACAGCACCUCCACAGCGGGGGACGACUGCAGCAUCUCCAGUUCCUCCUCGGGGGCUAGCCACUCCGACACCAGCCUGGGCAGCCGCCUGACCCUGUGGUCCGAGCCCUCCAAAUGCCCCACAGCCUCCGGCCCCUCCAGCGUGGCGUCCCUGGCGUCCCGCACGUCCACACCAACCUCCAGACGCACACUGACGCCAUCGUCGAGUGCUGACGAGCAUCUCUAUGCUGCAGUUAUGAGUGGUCCAUGCACCGGCCUCCGCCUCUCUUCCUCCUCCUCCUCCUCCUCCAAGCUAACGCGUCCCCGUGGGCUGCAGGACGCUGGGCGCCAGAGCUCCACGGACAGCGGCAUCGCCACCACGGGGAGCCACUCCUCCUAUUCCGGAAGCUUCUCCUCGUACACGGGUAGCCUGGACAUGGCGGCGGGCGAGGCCGAGGAGUUCGGCUCUCUGCUCAGCCUCCCCUCCACGCCCAGCGUGAGCAGCAGCACUGCGGAGCUCAGUCUCUGCUCUUGCCCCGUCUCCACCGUGACUGCGCCCACCUCCAGGGCCCCCGUCAGCAGCUCGGAGUACCAGGUGCCCCCUGUGGCCAAAGAGCCACAGCAACCACAUCCACAUCCACAUCCGCAGCUCCUCUACUACGACACCCCGAGACGCCUCCUGCCCCCGAGCACACUGAGGGGCUCUGGCGGACUCAGCGGGGUUGUUGGGGAUCCGGACCGAGCCCCAGAGCCGUUUGAGGCCCAGGCUGAGACCAGUCCACUGGCCCAAGACGUUAGCAGUAAGUCCAUACUGGCUUCAGCAGGACCUGCCAAAGGCUUUCUGGUUCCCCAGUCUAUCCCAAGCACGUGUCCAGUGUGUAAAAGAGCAAAGGGAACAGGUUCUUUACAACUCGGCGGAUUGCCUGCACCAACAUUUCCAGAAAAGAGUCCAAGACAGAUGCCUGAUGUUUGUCCCUCAGCUGUUGAGCAUACGCGUGAGCCUGAAAUGGUUCCAGGAACCCCAGAGUUUGAAGAAAGGGGCCGGUAUGAGUUGAUGGGCAGCUAUGCUCAGCUCCAGAGGAUCUCUCGGGACACAGAAGCCGGUUUGCUUGUGAAGCCUCCGUUUUUCAUCAGCCCCCCGAGGCUUCCUCGGCAGUCCACCUCCUCCUCCUCCUCCUCCUCCUCCUCCUCCGUGUGCGAGCCGAAGGGAAACUACGAGCGGAUGAUCUUAACCUCCGAGGCGCAGCGCAGGAGUGACCUUCCGUCUGGUGCAGCAUUGCCAUCCCCAGUGGACUGCAAGAUGUCACCAUCAGACAGGUUUCUUGGGGACGUCAACUAUGUCAACAUCCCCAUCAGCCCAAUGUCCAAGAGACAACUCCACUACAUGGAGCUGGACCUGCAGGACCUACAGGAACCCACUCCCGCAAUCAGGGGAGGGGGCUCCACUAAAUAUGCCCAGAUUGAUAUCAAUGCCACAGAGACUGCACAGAGAGUGGGUGCACAGCACGCGCUGGGACGAGAGGAACGCCUCCAGGAGCUGGAACAGAGGAAGAGAGGGUCGAUGAACUGAGACACAGGCACGCACUCAGACAAACACACACACAAACACACGCUGUUCCUCUGACACUGAUGCUGACCAGGUUGAUUAGCGGAUCCCUGGACACCGUUGCCUAGAGGGGGUCGUGCAGUUGAGGCGAUGUGGAGCCUGUUGGAGAAUAAUCAAUCCACUUGCACCACGAACAAAUUAAAGGAAGAUAAUAAAGAAAAUGGUUGGAGAUGUGUUACACAUUUGAGAUAUGUGUUUAAAACAUUUAUUAGCUAAGCUUUUAAAAGGUUGUUAACGAUCUCAUGUCGCCACUGGACAUACGAUAAUGAUGAUAAUGGUCUAGUAAUGAGAGUUAAUCAUGAAUAGCUUUCCUAGAGAAGCUAUUGGCUCUGAAACACGUGUUUUCAAAUUAACACCGGGCCUGAAGGCAAGCUCCGUCUUCAAAUUAAAGAUGCAUGGGAGACCUUUUAUGCUGAUGUGAGCUCUUGCAUUGAUCUGAGCUGUACAUGACUCAUUUUAGCCUUAAACAGACUGUUUUUUACUUCAACUUUUUGUAUGACAACGUGCCUGUAGAGGGAUCACAGCUAAACCGUGGUGCAAAUUGUCUAUGUGCCUGUGUGUAUGUGUGAAGUAUGGAGGAUUACGUAUUAUUCAUACCUUUUAUACAAUAAGAAGAUAUAGCAGUGUCAUAUAUGCAGUUGCAUGGACUGAAACAAUACACAUUUAUAUACAGUUUUUAUUCAUUCAAGUGUGUUUUUGAAACAUAAAUGUAUAUUUUAUGACGUCAAUUCGAAUGUUUAUCGGUAUUAUUUAUAGGAUAGAAAGAUCAUGUAAUUGUAUCACAUGGAUGAAUGAGGAGAUUGUCUACGCGAGGAUGGAACAUACACAGCAUAUACUGAAUGCUUCUUAUGUGACCAAUUCUGACUUGGACAUUUGAUUGGUACAAAGCUGUGUACAGAGGAAACUACAAAAGCUGUAAAUUUACCUUAUAUUCUCUUGAAAUAUUUGUAUUGUAUUAAAGAUUAUUUAGCUAUAA